UAUCCCUCCAGGAAAAACAAGCACAAUUCCCAUAAUACCCUCGCAGUUCUUCUCUUUCUCCUUUCUCUUCUCCUCAACCCACUGAUUCACACCACAUGGCACAGAAACAGAAGAAGAGAAGAGAAAGGUCACUUGGUAGCAGCAGCAAUAGCAGAGCAGCUUCAACCCUGUCUCUCUCUUUGUCUGCUCUAUUACCCAUUUUUUCUCCCACUAAAGAGGACCCAACCAUGGUCUCUAAUCCUUCCCCAAGAGUUUAAAGUUUUUUUUUUUCUUGGUUUUGUUUUUGUUUUGUUUGUUAUCUGGAUCGUCUCGGUCACCCCUCCAUUGAACCCACCUGGCCCCACCCACCAAAACCUUCGUCACAGACACAGCUAAACACACAAACUUCCUCACACUCCUAGUUAUUGCACACUCUCUUGAAUGCGCUCUAACAUUUGUGUUUUUUCUAGUCUUUCCCUCCUUUUGCUGGGCAUUGUUUGACUUCACUUUCAGGACUCCUCUCACUUGGUUUUCUCUCUCUUCAAUUCUGGCGGUUUGGGUGCUGUGAGAUGGUUUGACUUAGGGGGUGGUGGUUUGUGUUAGGGUUUUUCCUUGUACAAUUUGCCGUUGGUGGAGGAACUAACUGUGGUAGGUUUGAGAAUGUCUGGUGGGGAGGUAGGUGGUGGGGAUGUUUUUGUGGCCUGGGAGGAGCAGGUGAUAUGCCAGGAGCGUGGGAACCGAGUGAUUCACUUCUAUCUGAAGGAUGCGACCGGAAAUUCGGUGCUGGCGGUUGUGGGGACGGAGAGGAGUGUGAGGCACAUGAUGUAUGUUGUCCCUGACCAUUUCUUGCAGGCCUAUGGAUCCACACAGCCCAUCAAUGCCUGCAAGUGGAGGGCACGGCGAGAGGUUGUUGACUGGCUUACUUGUUUGGUCUCCAGGAAUAGGUCACACCAUCCAGGUGUACAAUUGGAUGAAUUUGCACAAGUUGAUGAAUCUCUCAAAAUUUUAGUGCCUGGAAUUAAUUUCAGUAAUAAGAUUUUACCUGAUAAAAUGAUUUCUAGGAAACUAAAAUUCCAAACCUCGGAUAUUGAAUGGUCAGGCAGCACUUGGUUUUGUGCUAAACAGCUGAAGCACUACUCAGGGUUUUGCAGGAAUGGAACAACCAUAAAUGUUCAUUCAUUUGUGUAUAUUAUGGCUGAAGAAGAAAACCAUUAUCUUGGUUACUUGGAAGAUAUGUAUGAAGACAAGAAGAGACAAAAAAAGGUGAAGGUGCGUUGGUUUCAUCAUGGUCAGGAAGUUAAGCAGGUGAUUCCACAGCUGAUUCUGCAAGAGGGAGAGGUUUUCAUCACACCUCAUGUUCAGGUGAUCAGUGCUGAGUGUGUCAAUGGUCCUGCGACUGUUUUGACUCCUAAGCAUUAUGAGAAAUACCUGGCUGCUGUGCCUCAUACAUCUUUAUCCGAGAUCCAUACGUGCUUUAGGCAGUUUAAAAACAAUAGGCUUAAGCCCUUCACACUUACAAAGUUGCGUGGGUAUAGUAGCCAGCCUGUUCUUUCUUGUUUAAAUAGUCCUAUUCUCUCCAAGAGAAAGGCAAAGUUUGAAAAGUCACACACAGAUGAUGAUGAGAACUUCACUCAAGAUGAUCCUUUAAGGUCCAGCAAUAAGAGGAUUAGAUGUUCUAAGGAUCACAUAUUUGGGAAGGCUUUUUCUGGUCUGCAAGUCUCUGUUCCUACCAAUGAAAUGACAAAAUGUGGACUGAAAUAUCCCAGUUUAAAAUUAAAACUAUCAAGAAAAACAGUAGGUAUUAAGGUUAUUGGACCAAAGCCUAAACUGCCUUUUCAGGUCGGUGCUAAGAUAGAGGUUCUUUGUCAAGAUAGUGGCAUUAGAGGAUGCUGGUUUAGAUGUAAAAUCUUGAGCAUGUCUCCGAGGCUGCUGAAGGUCCAGUAUGAUGAUUUGCUUGAUAUAGACGGAGCACAGAAACUAGAGGAAUGGGUUCCUGCAUCUAGAGUGGCAGCUCGUGAUAAAUUGGGUAUGCGAUGUUUAGGCCGCUUAACAGUCCGGCCAUGCCCUCCUGAAUACAAUUCAAGUCGUACUUUUGAGAUUGGAGCAGCAGUGGAUGCCUGGUCGUGUGAUGGAUGGUGGGAAGGGGUCAUAACUGCAGUUAAUGUCAGCGGAGAUGGAAUCCUGCAAGUUUACACCCCUGGUGAAGAGAGGUUCCUAAAGGUCGAGCAGAAGAACAUUCGGAUUUCCCGAGAUUGGAUCAAUAACAGAUGGAUUGAUAUACGAGGAAAGCCUGACAUUUGCACUUAUUUAACUUCAAAUGUCAGGUCCAGCAUCGGGAUGUCAGCUAAUUCUGCAGUGGUGGAUGGAUCCAUGUCUGAUUGCUCUGCUUUAGAAAGUAAAUCAUCAUCAAUUCCCAAAGUUGAACUUGCUAAGAAGGUUGAACCAGAAUCGUCUGGUUUGGAAAUCCCUGUUGAUCUGGAAAAUAUGAAGGGAAUAACUCUGAGGGAGCCACUCUAUGCCAUUCAUGAGGACAAGGAUAACUCUGGUGGUGGCUGUGAUGAUGAAGCUGACAAGGCUGUGAAGACACUUCUGACCUUAAAUGAACACAACGCUAAUAACUCUUGUAGUGAUGAUGACACUGAGGAUGAUGAUAAUGUCAAUGGUGAUGAUGUUGACAACGGGGAGGCCAGUGAGGAAAAUUUUGAUUGUUGUGAACCAAAACUUGAUGCAGCAGAAUCAAUACAAGUUGCAUAAUGAAUAUAUUAUAGAAGCUAAAUGGGGAAUUUUUUUCUCUCCUGAUUUUACCUGAAGGUGGAAUGAGCUUGUAUAUAAACCAUAUGAAGCCCUGAGGUAGUUACAUAUGCAGAGGAUAAUGAUGUUCAAGGAUCUGACUUAAGGAUAAUUGUAGUGUAUAGCAUUAUAGCUUAUGUUUUUGGACUCAUGAGAUCAACUUCUAUAGGCUCCAUAUUUAGGUCAUGUGGCUGGUAGAUGCGCAACUGCACAUAUCAGUUCAAACUGCAUAUUAUAGAGUUAGCCCAUGAGUAAAGUUUGUAAUGAUAUUCAGUAGUUUUGGCAUUUGACCAUGAAUCUUACAAGAUUACAGAAUUACAAAAUCUGCCAUGUCGAGAUUCUUCUAUAUCUAAA